AUGAAGGAAACAAACAUCCAUCCAGAGGGGCCGGGAGACGGCGAGAGGCAGGAGGAAAGGCAGGAGGCCGAAGAAGGGACGAUUAAACCCGUCUGGCUGGGAGGACGACGACACAUUAACGCUGCUAAGAAGAAAGAUAAGGACGCCGCUGGGACCCGAAACCACGAGCUGCCCACUCUCUGCUCACAUAAACGGACACUUUUCCUGCCGUCACGAAACACGUCGAUUUUUAGCAGAAUGGCCCAAGAGACGAACCAGAGCCCGGUUCCCAUGCUUUGUGCCACAGGCUGCGGCUUCUAUGGCAACCCAAGAACCAAUGGCAUGUGCUCGGUGUGCUACAAGGAGCACCUGAAUCGACAGCAGAGCAGUGACCGCAUGAGCCCGAUGAGCCCGAUGAGUGCUGCUGCUAGUCCUACCUCAGAGGCCUCAGCCAUCCAGAGACUAGAAGCCAGUCUAGCUAAGGUUGAUGCCUCCCCUGCCUCUUCACCAGACAUGUCUAGAACUGUUCAAGGAUCUCUUCCUGUGACUCAACAAAUGACAGAGAUGAGCAUCUCGAAUGAGGACAAGCCUGAACCCCUUGAGCCAGUUGUAAGCCAGCCUGCCGCUUCUAGUCCUACUCCUGUAGCUUCUUCCAGUGUUGAAGAAAGCCAGGGUGACACCCCCAAGCCUAAGAAAAAUAGAUGCUUCAUGUGCCGCAAAAGAGUUGGCCUUACAGGGUUUGACUGUCGUUGUGGCAACCUGUUCUGCGGCAUCCAUCGAUACUCCGACAAGCACAACUGUCCCUAUGAUUACAAGGCCGAGGCUGCUGCCAAGAUCCGUAAAGAGAAUCCUGUGGUUGUGGCUGACAAGAUCCAGAGAAUAUAGAUUUGACACAUUGGCAGUGUUGGAAACAACAAACCACCUUGACAGAGACUGCAGUAUGAGUGUGAACCUUUCAAAUGCGCAUGAGUGGCUAACUGAGGAUCGAAAGGACUUGAUUUACAAAUUACAACCUCAAGGAAAUUAUGGGGGAAAAAAGAAGAAAAAAUGGAAAAGAUCCUGUGUGAUGGAGAUGCAUGAAUGAUCACUUCUUCUGUUUUUUUUUUAAUUCAUUAGUUUGUUUGAUCCUGUUUUCUGUGGUGUGACUUUGCCGCUGUUGAGUCCUUUUCUUUCUUUCUAAGAAUAUGUAUUGUCUUAUAAAGAGCAGACCAGGCUAAAUGUCCAGGAUAUGCUGUGCUCCUCUCACCCCUACCAGGCGCCAUUUUGUGCCAAACAGUCAUUUUACUCAGACCCCGUGUCGGACACAUACAGGUCAUUGAAAGCGUUCAGAAGCGGCCCACGCGAGUUGUGUCCCCUCGACUUCCCCGCCACACGCUCCGUUUGCACUGGAGUGGGCCGUCGUCGCCCUCCAUGCACAGGAGGGUUUGUUACUUUGUCUCUCCUAGCUUUACCUACCUCACAGCUGCUGUGGUAAGCCGCGUUGUCUUCCCCUUUACUUUACCGUCAGCUUUCACCCGAGCAGGACUGUGGAUCAUCCCGACUGUGGCCCUCAGACCGCCUACUCCCCGUUGACAUUGAUUGUUUGCUUGUCAUGAGUUCCUAGUGAUGAGGUAUCUUGCUAGCUUCAGACAAAUGACUCCACUUUACAAUGAAACUCAACAUUCACAAUAGAUAUAAACGUAAUGCAGCGUUUCCCUCAACUGGUUCAAGAUGACAUCGUUCUCAGACGCCUGGUGCAGGGCUGUGUGUGUGUGUGUGUGUGUGUGGCCUGAGAGGAAGGACGGCACCCUUUCCUGGUGGUCCUGGUGGGUGGAUUUAGGCUACAAUAUUGAAGGGGCAUAAAUGAAUGGAAUAAAUGCAUGUGUUACUCUUCAUCUGCAUUAGUGUUUCAGAAAUAUCACUCAGCUUAGGGUUUUGGAUAUUUUAU